AUGAAUAAUUAUUAAGGCAGUUCUUUAUCAAAAAAUAUUGUCAGAUAAUUGGUAUCUAAAAGUCCAAACUCUCAUUAAAAUUCUAAAGAAUACAUUUCUAUUUCAAAAGAAUUAAAUAUUCCUAUAGAAUCUGUUUGGUAGUAAACAUUAACUAUCAAAAGGAAAAAAAUAAAGCUAUUUGAAUCUCCUAUCCUUAAUAAUAACAUUAUAACAUCUAAAAGUUUUACAUCUACAAAAUAUGAUGAAGAUGUUCUUUCUAAAUUUAUGAAAUGGGACUCAAAAUAAAUAAAUUUAUAAGAUGAUAAGCCAACCUUUAAAGAAAAAUAUAUUUAAAAUUCUAAUAAUUCUAAAUUAGAAUUUUAAAGGAAUCAUAAUAUCAGAACAUCCAUUUUUAGGUAAGAAAAAUAAAAAUUUAUGAGAUAAAACAAAACUAAAAAUUUAGCUUUUAAAGUGCCCCAAUAAAAUAAAUAUGAUCAUUUUGGUAUAAGUGAAGAUCAUUUGAAUUUAAAUCAAAAUGAAUUAUUGGAUACUUAAGCUACAAAAAAAUAUGCUUAAGAAUUAGACAACUACGUCAUCUAAGAAAUUAACUUAAUAAAUUAAAUCUUACCAAGUAAAUUUAUUAAUUUAAUUAGAACUCUAAAUAUCAGAGAACAUUUAAAAAAAAACUCCUGAGUCAAAAAAUUAAAAAAAUAGAUAAAGAAGAGUUUACAGUGUAAUUGAUUAUUAAUACUUUCCAAAUUUAGAAGAAUUAGACGAUACUAUUGACUAAUAAUCCAUAUUGAGAAAGAGGAGAAUAUAAAUUAAAAAGAGUAAACUUAAAUCAAAAUUUAUUUUUGUAUUAGCUGUUAUUAGAAUUUCAAAAAAAUAUAGGUAAUAUUUAUUUUUUUUAUCAAAGAACUAAAUUAAAAGAAAGAGCUUCUGGAACAUUAAACUUAGAUUAAUAAAAAAUUGUUCAUCAAAAAUAUAUUGAUUAGUUUGGGAUUAAGAAUGUUAAACAUUUAUAAAAAUCAUUUAUAUAAGGGAUAUUUUCUAAAUUGAAUUCCUUCUUUCAAGAUAUCUAAUAUAUAAAGGAAUGUGAAUUACUUUAAAGAAAUGAAAAUAAAAAAAAUAAAGAUCUCAAGAAAUAAAGAUUUUGUCAGUUCGUUUCUGUUUUUUUGUAAAUUUUAGAAAUUGUAACAAAAUAAAAUGUUAUACCACCACUCAUAAUACAUUAACUUAAUUUAAAUUUCUAUAAAACAAAUAAUACUUAAUCUAGUUUAUUUGUUAUUAAUAGAGCUUGUUAUUAUAGUACAUUGAUAUAUUCAAUCAAAAAAGACUAAUAAUUAUUAAUAGCUACUGAAUAUUUGAUAUUUUCAUAAAUAAUUCCUAGUAUUUUAGAAAUUUUUAAUGAAGUAAGUUUUAAAAACUUAGAACACAGAAAUGUAAGUUUAUGUUACUUAACUGCUAUGAUUGAAUUAAUCUAAAUAUAUUUUGUUGAUUAUUUCUUAAAUUUAGAGAAAAUAACGGAAAAAAAUGUAAAACCUAUCUAAAGAAUUUUUGAUUUAAAAAUAGAAGAAAAUACUAAUAUUUUUAAACCUGAAAUAAUUUAUAAUUCUAAUAUAAAUUCAGAUGAAACGAUAAUUAUAGAAUAGGGUUUUGAUAGGCAAAACCUUUAAGUAUUACAAAAAUCAAAACCUUAUUGGGAUGAAAAAAUGAAAUAAAAAUUUUCAAAAAUCAUUUCAAAUAUUGAAUAGCUUAUCUUGAUUAAAACAAAUUGA